GGCCCUGAUACCCCGACCCCUUCAAUCGCGCCCGCCUCAGCCGCCUUCUCUUCUCCAGCGUCCGAUCUCCCCCUCUCGCCUCUCCGCCUCACCUCCGCUCCGCUUCCCACCCCCGCUUCCUCUCUCUCUCCUCUCCCCCUCUCUCUCUCUCUCUCUCCUCCUCGCUUCACCACCUCGCGCCCAACCCCCCUCUCUCUCCUCUCCACGUCGCGCCCUCUCCGCGCGCGCCCGCGCUUCUAUAUAAGGAGGGGGGAGGUGGGAUGGCGGAUGGGCCGGGGAGCCCGGGGGGAGGAGGGGGGAGCCACGAGAGCGGGAGCCCGAGGGGGGGAGGGGGAGGAGGGGGAGGUGGGGGUGGGGGUGGGGGGGUGAGGGAGCAGGACAGGUUCCUCCCCAUCGCCAACAUCAGCCGCAUCAUGAAGAAGGCCAUCCCGGCCAACGGGAAGAUCGCCAAGGACGCCAAGGAGACCGUGCAGGAGUGCGUCUCCGAGUUCAUCUCCUUCAUCACCAGCGAGGCGAGCGAUAAAUGCCAGAGGGAGAAGCGCAAGACCAUCAACGGCGACGACUUGCUGUGGGCGAUGGCCACGCUGGGCUUCGAGGACUACAUCGAGCCCCUCAAGGUCUACCUGCAGAAGUACAGAGAGAUGGAGGGUGAUAGUAAAUUAACUGCAAAGGCUGGUGAUGGCUCUGUGAAAAAGGAUGUACUUGGUUCUCAUGGAGGAAGCAGUUCAAGUGCCCAAGGGAUGGGCCAACAAGCAGCAUACAAUCAAGGAAUGGGUUAUAUGCAACCUCAGUACCAUAAUGGGGAUGUCUCAAACUGAAGAUAGGACCUUUUCAUGCAACUGUUGCUAGCGCAGGUGGAUUUUAUUUGGUGCUGCAGUCGUUAGCUAAUAUAUAUACCUACACCUCAUGGUGAGCAGUGAAGGAAGUAACUUGCUACCACCUCUAGGUCCCAUGUUUGUCAACCAGGAACUGAUGCUGCUUGGAAGCGUCGAGCCAAGGCUGCUUCUCAGAUGUAAAUUACUCCCCGUGAGGAUAGUUUCGGUUCGUGGUCUAGCUCUGUUGUUGUAUGUAUAUUCAGGAUAAUUUAACAAUUGGUCUUUGGCUGUCAUUCGGUUCCAUAUAAUCUGUAUUGGGAGGCAUAAAUAUUCAUGUUGUAUUUCGUCCUGAACUAGCGUGUUGUACUAUUGAGAAAUAGAUGCUCUCUGUAAUGGUAGCAAUUUUACUCUGAUUCCCA